GAGAGAGAGAGAGAGAGAUACAGCAGACAGUAGUAGUCAGCUACAGUAAUAUUAACAGGAGUUAGUGAGUUAGUUUAAGAUCUUAUUUCCUUUUAAAAGUCAUCCUUUUACAUUUAUGGUUGAGACUUAAUAAGAUAAAUACAGUAUUUGAUUUUUUGAAGCUACAAGAAUGGAAAGGACCCACAAAAUGAGCGGACGUCGACUGAGCUACGUCUUUUUCUUCCUCGCAGUCGCCAUUAUCGGUGUCUCUGGGGAAGCUGGAUCUGUGAGUUUUUCAGAUACUACAGUCACACUGACCUGUCCAAUUACUGCAACCGACCCGGAAAAAGUGAAAUGGUACAAAAAUAAGGAUAUCAAACCGGAUGUUGGAACAUCUUUGACCCUAAUUGAUUACGAUGACAACAAAGAUGGGGGAUUGUACCACUGCACUGAAGAUGAAAACACAAAAUAUCACUUCUACAUCAAAGCCAAGGUGUGUAAGGGGUGUGUUGAUAUGGACAUGAGCGUGGCGAUGGCGAUGGUAUUUGGAGACGUUCUGAUCACAGCUGGGAUCGCGCUCAUGGUCUACUUUUGUGCUCGGAGAAAGGCAGAAACUGCUGCUCCUCAAAGAGCAACACAAGCACGUCAAGCACGAGGCCAAGCAAGAGGACCUACACCUCCUGACCCUGACUAUCAGCCUCUCAACCCGGCAACACGGGCCAACGACGUGUACGCUCAUCCUCAGCGCCGAUAGUGGACCUCUAAUAAACUUUACACAUGCAGGGUAACCCUGCAUGUUUUUACAGUGUCGUACACACACACACACACACACACAUACACAUACAUACACUUUCUUUGGUUAAAGAAAAAGCUAAUCUGACUCGUACUAAUUGAAAUUAAAACAAACAUUCAUUAAACAUUUUUGUCAGUUUUAGGAAAUGAGUGUCUGCCAGACACAUUACACACAUACACUGUUAUUAAAACAUAUACCAAGUAAAAAUGUUAACAUACAAGCAUAAUGUUUUGUUAAAAAAUAUAUUUUUUUACACAUAUUAAAACACAUAUUUCACUAGUGCUUGGACACCAUCAAGGUAGAAAGUUUUCUCAGGACGUCAGAGAUGAUUAGACAGCCUGUCUGAUUCACAUCUGAACCCCUGGCCUCCCAGGAACUCCUUUAAUGGCCCAAAUAUGUGGAAGUGGUUGGGAGUGAUGUCAGGACUGUAUUGGGGACGUGGCUAUAACUCCCAGCCGGGUUACUGUAAUGUGCAAGUGGUGAUGGUGAAUUAUUGUGUGUACAGUUUAAACACACAGAUGCAUCUCUUACUUCCACAAGUUAUUCAUCGAUUUUCAAGUAUCAGGCGUUCUACUCACUGAACCUUCACAUGAAUGAGUGCAGUGGUCUCUAAGCCACCAGAGCCAGGAUCAUAUGGCCUUCUUUAAAACUUUUGUACCAUUCACACAAAAAAAAAAAAACGUUUUACUGCGACUAAGAGUCUCCAUACCGUUUUCUGUAAACAUCAAACAUGUUUACGCCUUCAUUUACCAGAAAUGUCAUCACAAGUCCCAGUUAGACUUGAACGCCCCUUGUAGUAAGAAACUUUAUGGGUUUAGUGAGCAAAUUUCAAUUUCUUCUUAAUUCCAUUACAACUCUGUUAUUAUAUUAUGUCACUAAUCAUAAAAAAACAUUGAGUAUGUGUUUUAGUUUCCAGACCUCCAGGAUGUAGUGUAGCUUUAAAACUUAUGGAAACCACAUCAUAAGCCUACAGCGGUAGUUUUCAUGCUUCUAUUUUAUUUAGGACAACAGACUGUACUUGUACAAGUAUUUCAGUUUCAUGCAGUACAGUAAAUGUUAAUUGGUUAUUAUAAUUUCAAUAAAAUGCAUAAAUUAUAGCUUUAAUGAACAAUAGCUCUUAUUCUACAGGGUGUCAUUCUAAUUUAUGUAUUCAAAAUUUAUUUAAAAAAAAGACUUUAAAACAUUGAUGUAUUUAUUAGUGUAUUUUGAUUCGGUUCGAUAAAAUAUUUAGCAAAAUUAAACGUCGAGUUUUUUUUAUCAAUAUGACUUUCUCAUGAAUAAAGCUACUAGACCUUUCUUUCAAGUUAUAACCAAACAUAUAGCAAUAUGACAUUUACUGUCCAUGCUAAAAUAAUUUUAAUUUCUAUUUUUGUAAGAAAUAAGUUGACUUUUGUAUGUUCACGUUUUUUAAAUUUUUAUGGAAUGAUGUGUAAAUUUUAAUAAAAAUUCCGAUCAGGAUGGUUUGAGGCUCGUGAUUGCAUUGCUGAUUCAUACAGAAUCUCACUGGCCAUAUUUACUAGAAACAAGCUGGAAAUAUCAGCGUGACUGCUUCUGUGGGAAGUCGGGUUUCUGUUUUACAACUUGUUUUUAAACACAUCGGAUGGGCUGACUCAUGGAGAUAUACAUAUUAACAUUUUUCCCUCAGCUUCUUCAUUUAAACAACAUACGCAUGUAAAUAUGCUAAUUUUGUUUUUCUAAUCUAUACCAUAUAUAGUUUUAUGUGUCCUAAAUGCUGUUUUUGUUAUAAAUUUGCACAAUAAAGUUGCAUUCACAGA